CUCGGUUCGGCGCGGCGCGGUAGUCGGCCGCGGUUGCCGCGAGCGUACGUGUAGGGGAUGAUGUCGCUACUGCUGGUUAUCGCGCUCCAGGCUCAACGACGAGGACGAGGACGGUUGUGCACGACGGCGACGUCCGUCGACGGCGUUUAUCCCGAUAGGCGCACGUAGUAGCGUCGCGACGCCUCGCACCGCGUCGCAUCUGUGUGUUGUCGGAGGUGUGUCGCCGCGCCGCGUGUCUCGUCGUGCAUACUACGAGACGGUGGGCGACACUCGUGUUCUCACUCACGUCGUUAGCUGGCCCGAUGCGAUCGUCGCGUCGAAACCAUGGCUUCGGUGAAGGUGGCCGUGAGGGUUCGACCCUUCAACAAAAGAGAACUGGCGAUGAACGCGAAGAUGAUCGUACAGAUGGACGGCAAGAGGACGCGGAUCUUCAACACCAAGACACCGGGUAGCUGCAGAGAUAUCGACCGGGAGAAGUACAAAGACUUUACGUUCGACCACUCCUACUGGUCCUUCGACUCGAGCGACGAGAACUAUGUGUCCCAGGAAGAGGUUUUCUACGAUCUUGGAACGGACGUCAUAGAAAGUGCCUUCGAGGGCUACAAUGCCUGCGUUUUUGCCUACGGCCAAACAGGAUCCGGGAAGACUUUCACGAUGAUGGGCACACCGGAGUCUCAAGGAUUGAUACCGCGCAUUUGCAAGACACUAUUCGCCAGAAUGGCGACUGGAAAGGAGAGCGGAGCGUCGUACAGGACGGAAGUAUCUUUCUUGGAGAUUCAUAACGAGAAAGUAAGAGAUCUGCUUAGGCUGGACGAAAGCCAAUCCCAUUCGCUGAAGGUGCGCGAGCACCCAAAACGAGGGCCUUACGUCCAAGAUCUAUCGAGUCACCUGGUCUACGAUUAUUCGGAUAUUCAGGAAUGCAUGGUGAGAGGUAAUACGCACAGAACCACAGCCAGCACAAACAUGAACGACGUGAGUAGCAGGAGUCACGCGAUUUUUACGAUAACCUUCGUACAGGCCGGCUACUCGGAAGGCAACAUGCCGUCGGAAACCGUUUCCAAGGUGCACCUAGUCGACUUGGCCGGAAGCGAACGUGCGAACGCGACCGGAGCAACGGGUCAACGACUGAAGGAAGGCGCGCACAUUAACAAGUCCCUAGUGACUUUAGGCUCUGUGAUAUCCGCACUCUCUGAACUAAGUUCGAAUAGCGACGUGUCAUCCGCCUCGAAGCGGAACGUCUUCAUUCCUUACCGAGACAGCGUGCUCACGUGGCUGUUGAAAGACUCCCUGGGUGGUAAUUCCAAGACCAUCAUGAUAGCAGCGAUUAGUCCAGCGGAUUGUAAUUAUGGGGAGACUCUCAGCACUCUCAGAUACGCCAAUCGUGCGAAAAAUAUCAUUAAUAAGCCGACCAUCAACGAAGAUCCGAAUGUGAAACUUAUUAGAGAGCUCAGGGAAGAGAUACAGAAGUUGAAGUCUCUGAUUAGCAAGGACAUGAGCGUGGAGAGACCGCCGCAGGUAUUAUUAGAUCAAAUCUACGAGAAGCAAGAACAAGAAAAGGUAUUGACCGAGGAGUGGACUGAGAAGUGGCGAGAGACGCAACAGAUCUUGCAGGAGCAAAAGGCGUUAGGAUUACGAAAGAGCGGGGUCGGCGUUGUUCUCGAUUCGGAGAUGCCACAUUUGGUUGGCAUCGACGACAACCUCCUUAGUACCGGCGUCACGUUGUACCACUUAAAAGAAGGCAGAACCUUAGUCGGCACGGAGGAAGCUCCCACUGUUCAGGAUAUCGUAUUGACUGGCGCGGACGUAGAACCGGAGCACUGCGUGGUCGAACUGGAUAGCGGCGUGGCGACGCUGCAUCCACUCUCAUCCCACUGCUGGAUCAACACCGCCCAAGUAGACAAGCCGACGCGAUUAUCGCAGGGCUGUAUCAUUCUCUUGGGCAGAAAUAACAUGUUCCGAUACAACGAUCCAGCCGAGGCGGCGAAGCUGCGGAAGGAAGGCGGUUCAGGCAACGGCAAUCUCCAAUCAACGGUUGUUAAUCUGUCGAGGCUGUCGCUUUUAAGUUGGAGCGUUUCCGAUCUACACGCCUCCUCUUCCAGCGAUAAUCUUUUGAACUCUAGCGAAGACCUUAGGGCGGCCGAGGAGCUGGAACAGCAGAAGGCCGCUCUUAUCAAAGAGAAAGAGGACUUCAAGAAGGAACAAGAAGAGCGCGAAGAGAGAUGGGCCGCUAGGAGAGAAGCGCUCGAAGGAGCACAGCGUGAGCUGGAACGCGAAUGGGGUGCUCAGUGGAAAGAAUGGGCGGACGCGAUCGCCUCUCUGGAAUCGCGACAACGGGAGCUGCGUGUGCGACGGCAUCACCUGGAGCAAGAACGGCGAGACGAAAUGACUCAAGUAGAAAAUAUGUGUAGGGAAAUCGCCUCUCUACGCACGACAUUGCAGUCCAAACAUCGACAGCUUCAAGAGAUCAUGAACAGUCACGAACGCGCGCAAAAUUUUCAUCAUCAAUGGGAGAAGACAGAUAAUGGUGCCGGAAGUGAUAGCAGUCUACCUGAGUCGUGGUCGAGCCUGAACAACGACGAGAAGUGCAUCGACAGCGUUAGAGAAUUGGUCAAUAAUCACAAGAAAGAGCUGGCCGCCUUGGAGAACGAAUUGCAGAGCAAAGUGAGAUCAUUGAACGAACAUCAAAGUAAGGUGGACAAGAUGGAAGAGGAGCUGAUGGAGAUCUCAAGGAGACAGAAACACAUGUUUCAUUUAGAAGCUUCACCUGACAAUUUUCAGUCUGCUGAUGAGGGAGUGACGGAUAAAAAAUUGUUUCUGGCUAAGCGAACGCAAGAGCAGCUACAGGAGAUUCUACGGCGGAAGCAAAGUCUCUCGUUGAACCUGAAGCGCGCACUACCGGCCUCACCGGGCGAUCGUUCGUCGAGCGGCGACGAGACUACGUCCAGCUGCGACAUGAAGUCCUUCCAGGACGCGAACAAUCGGAAACUCCAGAUCGCCUCGGCCCUGAAUUUACUGCCACAAAGUGUGCCGAGUUCUGUCGAAACCAUGGAGACGUUUCACACAGCGGCAGCUGAUUCUCCUGAUCCUCCUGUAGUCUUCGUGGACGCCGACAUGACGCAGACGAGCGACUCCGUUACGAAGAAUGAAGACUUGCUGGAACAGGAGGAGGAGGAGGAGGAGGAGGAAGAAGAAGAAGAAGAAGAAGAAGAAGAAGAAGAAGAAGAGGAGGAGGAGGAGGAGAGUAGGGAUGACGAUUUGACGCGCGAUCGUAAAUCACCGGAAGUGGAAAGCGAAGGUACGACAAUAAUGAACGCCGGUAAAGCCUCUUCGUUCACUACGGAGACGAUGACAACGAGUGACGAGGAUGAAGAUGGGAAGAAACAGAAGAUUAGCUCGCCUACUGUAACCUCUGUGUUUACGGAGAGCAUCCUUCAGGACUCGUUGGAAUCUCCAAUACAACAGAAUCCGGCGAUGAAGAGAUUGAACCAAAGAAUCGCACGUCAACGGAUGAUGGUGAUGAGAUGCCUGGAGGCUAGCACCCCGUCGAAGGAGGACCUGAAUCGGCAGAUAAUGAUAUUGCAGGACUUGCAGAAGCAGCAGAUCGAGCUGGAGGUGUCGUUGUUGGAGGACGAACGAAAGAAUCAGAGGCAACCACCACCAGCGGCGCGCUGUAGCGACGGCGACGAUAGGCUCGCAAUCGCCAACGUGGGCACCGUGGACUAUGUACAGAACGAACCAAAUGCUUAUUGUAGUGUAGAACCUACGAAUAAUAGCUCCGCCAUUCUAUUAACGGUAGCGACAACCAGAUCUCAACUUUUCAGGAAUAACAGGCCUAAUACUAAUGAUCAAGAGACUUUGUCGGAAACGACACCGCCCAGACGAUCCUCCAGUCGCGGUUAUUCAACGGUCUAUUUGACGAGCCAAAAUCGCGGCGACCGAUUGAGCAGUCCAUAUUCCCUAACAAUCACAAGGUCCUUGCCGUCGUUAAUAGCGAAUGACGGUGACUGUGACAGUGUGAUCAAUAUGAUCGUCAGUAUACCAUCGUACGUGAUACGAGGAGCCGGCAAGUCCAGCCAUUACGAGUACGAAGUGCGAGUCGUGGCGCAGGACGACAACUGGACGCUGUUGCGUAGAUAUCGAAGGUUCCGGGAGCUGUACAUAUCGAUGCGGCAAAAAUACGGUAGCAAGGUCGCAGCGAUACGCUUCCCUCCGCGUCAAGUUUUUCCAAAAUAUGAGGUUGUAGCGAGACAGCGCAGGAAACGCCUCGAAGAAUAUCUUCGCCGAUUGAUUCAAGUCUGCUCAGAGCUGCCGCAUUGUGAACCAUUAUACAAGCACAACGGCAAUCUUAGCAACAUAGACAAGCAAUCUCUGCUGGAAUUCAGUCCAUUCUUCAGACGCGGCAUGUUCGAGAGCAGCAAGUACGGUACCUGCUAAGGUAACCCGUGUAUGCUGUAUCGAUUAUCUUUUUCCACAUGCGGAAGAGUGAACAAGUUCGAAUGAGAAUAACGUAACGGACGAACGUACGUUUACAAUUUAUUACAAUUGUUUACUUUUCAUUUUCGUUUUCUGUCUUAUUUAUGAAGAUGCAGCAGCUAGGGCGAAGAAAAGAGUAUUAAUAAAUUGCGCGCGACAACGUGUUCAUUUGUUUUCAAAAUAGUUUGGACACUUUUCCUCGAUGCAUCUUGAAAUGCAGUUAAUAGUCCGAUGAGAGAGCUUAAUUUUUGAGAAUCGAUUAAAAAUUUAUUCUUUCAUGAGAUCUCGUUGGCUAUAUUCCAAACUGUGUCGAGAGAAGAAAAUUGAAUCGUUUUGAAAGCAAGUGUUUAUACGCAAAACGAGUCACCUAAAUAUCCGCGCCUGUGGUGUUUCUUGAACCGUUGACAUUGCGGAAAAUUGUAUGGGAAUUUAUGAGAUUGCCUCCUGGCAUUUCGUCUGUAUCGACAAUCCGAUACAGUUUUCAUCGAUACUUCAAGAAGCAUGUUAUUUAUUAAUAAACGGCUAUUUAUUAAUGAUUAAGUGACAAGUGUGUUAUGGGACUCGUCCAGCGUGAUACACUUUAGUCGUUACAAAAAUGUAUGCUUCCAAAAGCUUAGCGAUUGUAAGACUGUUCUAGACAAUUAACGUUCUUUCCCGUUAUUAUUUCAAACGCAUCGUCGAAAGCGAAGCUGAAACACGUGAAGGAUGUUAACGGGAAAGCAACGUGAUAUAUAUUCUUUACGAGAGAGAGAAAGAGAAAAUCAUCUAUAUGAUGGUUGGCGGAAGCGAAACACAUAUCGCAUCAUAGUGAUUUAUUUUAUCUUUUACAGAUAUUUUCCUAUAACGUCUUUCUCCUGAUAGAAUCCACAAUCACGAAGUGUACCUUCCUGCGAUAUAGUCGAAUCUUGUAGUCGAAAUAAUUCUCGGUUAUGUUAACGCGAACACAGACGUUAUUGUAAAUUACGUGUUUUAUCACAAGAAAUCGUGCAAGAGCUUAUCAGUAGCAACGGUGAGCAUGGGACAUCGGAUAGUUCGUUCACAAUAGUCGAAGAGUAUUUAUUUUAUGCGUCAAGAGUAAUGUUUUGUACGCGCGAUCCAAACUAAAAGAUCAAUCGAUGGGAUUGAAAGAAGAAAUGGAACUUUCCACUAGUAUAUAAUUAUUAUUAACUUGGAUAAGCAAAUAUGUGAAUUGUUACCAAGAAAAUAAUAUGUUGGGAGUGAUAUUAUAAACACGCGAUUUACCUCCACCAACACAUACACACGCACGUAUAAUCAUCUCGAAUCAAUUAAAGUAUAUAGGUCGAUUAUUGAUUUAAAAAAAAGCCGUAUUAGAUUGUCUUCCUCGAACAUAAUUUCGUUUCCUGAUUGAGGUAAUAUUUUCACGAUAUAUAUUACAUAUUUGUUUGCCCGUGUUAAUAUGUACACCGCAAUCUUUAUUAUGUUCUGAUGUUAUAUCAACUUGCAAGAUAGUGCAAUCGCGGUGUUACAAGCGCGAAAAGACAUCAUAUCGCUGUUAAAGUUCUUCCGGUUCCGGGGAUUCUGUACGUAUAUAUACGUACAUGUACAUUUGUAUAUGUAUACGUACGUAUAUCGUUAUAUACAUAAUACUUAUAGUAUGUAUAUUAUAUAAAUGUAUAGUGAGGAAUUUAGCAGACCAUCGUUAAAGUUGGAACCGUUAUGCGAUCAUCGACAUUUAUUUGAAUAAUAUUAAACCAAAGUGAUCACAUUAUUAUUAUCAUUCUCAUUAUGAUUAUUAUUAUUAUUUUAUUAUAUUAUUACAUUAUAAUUAUCGAUUUUAUGAAAGUAUUGCCGCAUUAUUACGAAUGACGACUGGUCAAAUUGGCUCGUGCGAAUUAGUAACUAUUACCAAAACUU